UUUGCCCCUUACCGGCGUCGUUAGGUUAGAUUUAAAUCAUUCGUCCGACCUAUAGGCGAUAAUUUUUAAUUAUUAUACGAGACAUUAAUGAAAAAAUUACAUUUACAGAGCGUUCCUCGACGAUAAAAAAAAAUCGAAAAUUUUCCGUAACGGUGGUAGACGAUUGCGCGUGAAAGUUACGGUAGAUACGUUAUUAUGCGAGGCGGUGACCUAUAUUUUCGGUUGAUAGCCUCGCGGAAGUCGAAAUAUCUAUCUAUUGAUUUUGUACGAUGCAUAUUAAUAUAUUAUUUUCUAAGUUAUAACUUAAAAUAUACUUGUAACGAGUAAAAACUCUAUUAUUAUUGUUCGGAACAAUUGGAAAACUCGAGUCUUCAUCGGUCAAGGCAAGUUUAAUUGAAACGUCGAUAAAAUAUUCAUUUGGUAUUCGUCAUCAUUCAUCAUUCAUCGGGUCUUGCACAAUACAACGAUAUGUUUGAAAUGGCGACCAGACUUUGCAGGAGUUACUUACCUGGAUCUUGGAAGAAGAUUACAAUUAAGGACAUAUGCGUAAAGCGAAUUAGUGGUGGUUUAAGUAAUUGGCUGUAUCGGGUGACAUUACUUAAAGGUAAUGCCGAACCUCGGGAUGUAUUGAUGAGGUUAUACGGACAAACGCACGGUGAGAAUGCUAUUGAAAAUAUAAUCACAGAGUCUGUGAUAUUCACAUUGCUGUCGGAGCGUGGUUUAGGGCCUAAGUUGCAUGGAAUAUUCCCUGGAGGCCGUCUCGAAGAAUACAUUCCGGCUCGAUCAUUGAAAUCUGAAGAGUUAAGCGAUCCAAAAUUAAGCCUUAUGAUUGCAGAAAAAAUGGCUGAAUUACAUCAGCUUAACAUUCCAAUCAAUAAAGACUCAACGUGGUUAUGGGACACCAUGGACAGAUGGUUACAACAGCCAAUUAAAGAUGUUAACUGGUCACGAGACAACAUAGAACUUGAUCAGAUACUAUCCACAAAUCUCUGCGAUGAAACCCGCUGGCUUAAAAAACAUUUGUCAAAGUUGAAGUCACCUGUUGUAUUUUGCCACAAUGAUCUUCAAGAGGGUAAUAUUUUAAUGAAGGAAAAUGAACCUGGCUGUCGAUCAUUGUGCCUAAUUGAUUAUGAAUAUUGUGCAUACAAUUAUCGUGGUUUUGAUAUUGCUAACCACUUUGUAGAAUGGACUUAUGAUUACACAAAUCCCAUGUAUCCACAUUACUCAGUCAACCGAGAAUUGUUUCCAACAAAAGACCAACAAAUUGAGUUCUUGAAGCGGUAUUCUCAAUGUAUGGAAAAUGAAGAAUCCAUAGAAUUGAUACUCAAUGAAGUAAAUCACUUUAUUUUGGCAUCACAUUUAUUCUGGGGUGUAUGGAGCAUUGUCAAUAGUCGAAUGUCAAAAAUUACUUUUGGAUACAGGGAAUACGCAAUAGAACGGCUCAAAUCAUAUUUUAAGCUUAAAGAAAGUUUAAUAAAUAAUAAAUAGUAUGUAACACAGAAAUACUUUGAGUACUUAUAAAAGGAAUAGGUUAAUUGUAGACCAAUAUGUUUCAAUAUUCUGGGGAAGACUGAUUUAUAUUUCAAAAGUUUGGUCCUUAAUUUAAUUAGUCUGAUUAUUUUGUCAUUUUCACAUACAUAAUUUUUAUUUAAGUGUUCUUAAACUUAUAUUGUGAGCUUCUUUUAUACAUCUAUGUUGUAUUAAAAAUUAUAACAAGAGUUUUAAUUUUUGACUAAUAAUAAAGACCAGUAUUUAUUGUUAUUCAUAUUGUUCAACAUUUGUAAAAUUAAUGAAAACCAAUUUUUCUUUAUUCUGGUGCUAAGUACUCAUACUCUGAUAAUUAUUAUG